AUGUCUGAAAUGGAGGAUUGGGACGAUAUCGAAGAAUACUACGACGUCCGUCACGCCGUUGUCGGGGCGUACGUGAGGAAUGAGGAUGAUUACAUCCUCGUGCACGAAGAGGAAAUGCCAUUCUUCGCAUCUCCACCGGUUGCGUCCCCGGUGAUCAAGAAAAAUCAUCCUGUGGAAUUUGGUUCACUUGACUUUUGGCAGUUCCUCGGAAGAGCUGGUCACCCCCAGAACUGGAGGAAGUCGCAUGGUCAUUCGUGGAAGGCGGGGAAGGAGGAUGAUCACGAUCUUGAGAAAGGACGCCUGCUGCACCAGCACUCCUUCGUACGCCGCAAGACAGUUAUCCAGCAUAAUCCACUGCAGUCAUUGUCUGCAUUCUUUGUCUUCGUCGUCAUCACGUUCUUGCUUCAAUUUGUGUAUCUCAAGUCAUUGGACGUCAUGACGAUGGCGGCGGAGAUAUUCACAGGCGUACAACCACAAGAAUUAAAUAACGUUACGCACUCGGUUGCAUCGACAUACGCGACACUGAGUGUGUUUGCUACAUGGUACGCUAUUUUUUUGGUUGUGAGAGAGGUUCUGCAGGAUUGGAUCGUGGCAGCUUCGAAUGCGCAAUCAAAAUUGUAA